CGACCCAGAGUGAGGUUCACGCAGUGUUCACGGGACACGCACGCAGAGACUCAGUGAGUGACUCAGUUGCACUGUAGAGUUGUGCAGCAGCAUGCUCCAACACAGUGACCUGCGAAAGGACUACUAGACCGACUGCUGAUCUGAGCUCCAAGUUCAAGGCUGUUUUUUUUUUGUUUUCAACUCUUUUUCCAACUCGUUCUUCACAUAUUGAAGUCCACACACCGCGACACAUCUCCACUCUCAGUUUCCAGUCGUGGAUGAGCGCAAGGAGCGUGGAUGGUUAUGUUUGAAAAGGAAUCAAGACAGCCUCUGGACCAGUCGACCGUGACAGCGAUGCCUUCCAACAAAUACUCUGCUGCUUUAAUUGAGGAGAGCAACAACAUGACGGCCACAGCGCCGGUGAACGGAGACACGCCUCCAGCUGAGGGCCUAUCAGAGAACGACAGUGGAGUGGAGCUGACCAAUGAGAACAGCCCUCUGACCGCUGCUGAACCGCCUUCUCCUUUCAGCCCCAAGCAGAACGGAGACGCCGCCUCACCUCAAGAAGAUAACCAGUGCACGAGAGGAAACAGGAAGAGAAACAGGAAGAAGUCAGAGGAGGAGGAAACUACCUGGGACUCCUACAGCGAGGACAAGAACUCAGGAGCGUCUCAGUUGAGUCUGAGACAGACGCCUCGACCCAGAACCAUCUUCCAGGCCGGUCUGAACCCGCACGGACACAACAAACCUCGCAGACAGAACCGCAAGCAGGAGCAGAGCAUGUUACUGUGUGCAGGUGGUCCUCGAGUAGCUGUGGUUGUGUCCGGCGGGGUCCCCGAAGCCCCUCGUCUAGAGCUGAUGGAACAAGACUCCAAAGAUUCGGCCCAGAGCGUCAGCACCUCCUCCAGCUCUGAGGUCCAGCCAGAGUACAAUGACAACAAGGGCUUUGGCAUCGGCGAGCUGGUGUGGGGGAAAAUCAAGGGUUUUUCCUGGUGGCCAGGCAUCGUGGUGACGUGGCGCGCCACUGGCAAACGGCAGGCAAGCCACGGCAUGAGGUGGCUGCAGUGGUUUGGAGACGGCAAGUUCUCUGAGGUUUCAGCUGACAAACUGGACUCCAUCACCGCCUUCCCGAAGUUCUUCAGCCAGGCCUCCUACACCAAGCUGGCCUCGUACCGCAGGGCCAUCUUCCAAGCACUGGAGAUGGCCAGUAUCCGGGCGGAGAAGAAGUUUCCUCCCUGCGAGUCGGACAAUCCCGACGACCAGGUCAAACCCAUGCUGGACUGGGCCAACGGUGGUUUCCUGCCCAAAGGAGAGGAGGGACUCAAACCCACACACACGGCCGACAGUAACCCUCUGGACCAUCAGGUCCUCGACGUUUCCCUGCCAGAGUAUUUCCCCAGCGCGAAGCGGCCCAGAGUCAGCCUCUGUAAGAGCAAGGCCGCGCCCGAGGAGUCCUACAGCAGAGAACAAAUGGUGAAUGAAGUUCUGAAGAAUAAAAGAAGUAUAGAAGAGUUCUGUCUCUCUUGUGGAAAGAUGAGAGUCGCAACCUUCCACCCGCUGUUUGAAGGAGGCCUGUGCCAAACAUGCAAGGAUGUGUACCUGGAGAUGUCCUACAUGUAUGACGAUGAUGGUUACCAGUCCUACUGCACUGUUUGCUGUGGAGGUCGAGAGGUUCUGCUCUGCGGCAACGCCAACUGCUGCAGGUGUUUCUGCGUCGACUGUUUGGACAUCCUGGUCGAUCCCGGUGCAUCUAACAACGCUCGCUAUCUGGACCCGUGGCGAUGCUACAUGUGCCAGCCGCUGCUGCAGUACGGCGUCCUGAAGCGACGGCACGACUGGAGCCUCAAGCUGCAGGCAUUCUUCGCCAAUGACAACGGACAGGAGUUUGAGAAACCAAAGAUUUACCCAGCAGUCCCUGCAGAGCAGAGACGACCAAUCAGAGUCCUCUCCCUGUUUGACGGCAUCGCGACUGGUUACCUGGUUCUAAGGGACCUGGGUUUUAAGGUGGACCAGUACGUGGCGUCAGAGGUGUGUGAGGACUCCAUCUCAGUGGGUGUUGUCAGACAUGAAGGAAAGAUCCAGUACGUCCAUGAUGUCAGGAACAUCACAAAGAAAAAUCUCCAGGAGUGGGGCCCUUUUGACCUGGUGAUCGGAGGAAGUCCCUGCAACGACCUGUCAAUCGUUAAUCCAGCCAGGAAAGGGCUCUAUGAAGGCACAGGGAGGCUGUUCUUUGAGUUUUACCGCCUGCUGAGCGAGGCCAAGCCCAAAGAAGGAGAGGACCGGCCGUUCUUCUGGAUGUUUGAGAACGUGGUCGCCAUGGGCGUCAACGACAAGAGGGACAUCUCACGAUUCCUGGAGUGUAACCCUGUGAUGAUCGACGCUAUCGAGGUCUCUGCUGCUCACCGUGCACGAUACUUCUGGGGAAACCUGCCGGGCAUGAACAGGCCUCUGUGUGCCUCUGGGAUGGACAAACUGGAGCUUCAGGACUGUCUGGAUCACGGCAGAGUUGCAAAGUUUGGGAAGGUGCGCACCAUCACUACCCGCUCCAACUCCAUCAAACAAGGGAAGGAUCAGCACUUUCCUGUCCUGAUGAACGGGAAGGAGGACAUACUGUGGUGCACUGAGCUGGAGAGGAUCUUCGGCUUCCCUGUCCACUACACUGACGUGUCCAACAUGGGUCGCGGUGCAAGGCAGAAACUCCUGGGCCGGUCCUGGAGCGUCCCUGUCAUCAGGCAUCUGUUCGCACCACUGAAAGACUACUUCGCCUGUGAAUAGACGCCACCCAUCACCAAGAAAACAGACACAACUAUGAUUAAACACCAGCUUUUCUAUUGUGAUGCCGGCUCCGACAAACAUCAGCCGCCAGCCAGAUAUCGUAAGAGCUUGAAGAUGUCUCCACUCUGGCCGGCAGCUCCACUAAAACAUCACUGAAGCUGGGAAAUAGUGAAAGUAGCUGUUAGUUUGUGUCCAGCUCUUUUUGGAUCCUGGAGUUAAUGCACUGCAGCCUUAAACACACAUAACACACACUAAUGCAGAGAUACAUAAAUGCAGCAUAGGCUGUGGUUUAUCACUGCCCUGUAUUGUCAGACAGACAGGGCGGACAGUAGAGUGCUCCUGCUCUCUGAAGGUUCAGCAGAGUUUAAAGGGAAAAGACGACGACACGCUGUGCUGUGUUCUUUAACAUCAGGCCUGUACAGUGAUUUUAACAGGAUUUCCUUUUUGUUUUAAAUGCCAUUAAAAGGCAUUUUUUAAAUUUGACAACACUUAGUAGUUGUAGAAAAAUAGAGAACAACAUGGCACCGACGAUACAGCUGUCUAAGUGGCUCUGUAUCAAACCUUUUUUUUUUACUUUUUAGGAAGUGUAAAACAUGUCAGAGGUCGCUCAUUCCUUCAUUUAGCAGAUGAUUAAAAUAUGUGACAACAGGCUGUUUGUACAGGCUGUUAAAAUAAACAAAAACACUUGAACCAAAGUCAUUAGACGGACAGUUUUUGGGCUUCCUGCUGUUCCACUAGCCUCACGCCUGAAUGUAUUUCCUCACAGCAGGGUCGGCCUGUCUAAAAAAGCCAAAACAUGAUAUCAGGAUUUUCUGCCUAAAUUCUCAGAUUAUAAAUAUCCACAACUGUUUUGGAGAAUAAAUGAUUAAGCUGGAUCAAACAAUUAAUUUAACAGCACUCCUUGUGCGAGCUGUAGUUGUACAACGCUUACAAAAUAAUCUUUUGUCUUUGUCAAAAUGACGAGUUUAAAUGUUCCCAGAUUGUAGAAGUGCACAUCCUGACGUACAGCUCUACUAACUGGGAACUCUACUAAAUGAUUAACCUGGAUAAAACAACAAAAUUGCCAGCAUUUAAUACCCUCCUUGUCGGAGCGGUAAUAUAAUCUUUUAUCUUCGUUAAAUGACUCUGACUUUGUUAAAAGUUCCCAGAUAUUAGAGUUGUAUGUCCUGACCGUGGAGUCGUGUUUGAGCAAAGCACUCUGCAGGAAAAUACAUUCAGCAAUGGAGGCUAGUGCACCACAAGCAAACCUGGAGAUGAAGCAGAAUUUUUUGUUUUUAUAUUUAGAUGAGUUCAUGUUCUUUCUUUGUUGUUGAUGUAAAAAGAAAGAGAGAAGAAAAUAUUACUUUUUGUCAUUUGCUCUGAGAUGAGUUCAUACGAGCAAACUAGCUUCCUUAAAAAAAAAAGGAAAAAACCUUUUAUUAAAGAUUUUAUAAAAACUUUUUGUAUAGAUAGUGUGACACAUUGAGUUAGUUUCACCGCGACAUCUCCCUGAUAGCUACAUACUGUACAAUACUUGAAACAAGCCAAUGCAAAAACAGAAUUUUAGAUAAUUGUUUUGUCUUUUUGACCAUUCCAGACAGCUAAGAGUUAAAGAGUGAUGGCAUUUAUCCUACUGUAGAUGUUUAGAUUUUUAUCUUAAAGACAACAUUGUUUUAAUUCACUGUAAUGACUGGAUGGCAGGAAACACUGGUGAACACACAGUAUCUUAUGUUAUCUUACCACUGACUACUUUUGGUUCAAAGGAGUUUUUCCAGUUUCCAAAAAGUGAAAAUCAUCUCUGAUGCUGGUCGAUACUGUGUGGUGCACAUUUUACACAUUUUGGUAUACAGUAUGUACAAAUAAUUCUACAUCAUGUGAGAAAACAGGAGUCUGAAUGUGUAGGAUGUGGUGCACAUUCCUGCCCAGAGGGAUUUCCUGUUUUCCUGCAAGACUUCUGCAGCAAUGUAGAUUUUUAAAACCCCUUAAUAAUGAUAAACAUUUUUGGUUUUGCCUGCAAUCGCAUGUCAUACUGUAUGCUUAUGCUUACCAGACAGGGGAUUUACUCAACAGGUUAUUUUGGUACUGAUUCCCUUCAUGUGACCAAACACAAAUCUUGGUGCUGUCCUUCUUAAUAACCUUUUUCUACUUGUUUUGGUAACUGGAGGAUUUUAAAUGCUGUUGGCUGUCACCAAAUCAUACCUAAAUGGGCAUUACCUCAGACAAAGGGGCAACUGUACAUCACUCCUCCUGUAGGAUCUCUGUUCUGUGAAUACAUACUGUAGCUUUAUGCUCCUAUAUGCCCUGUGUGUAUAUAUAUAGCUUGUUUUUUUUUAUCACUGGAACUUUUUUUACACCAUGUUCUGCGUACUGUAUCGAUAGAAAGGUUUACAAGUGUUUAAACUCUCGUUUGACCAGGAACUACAUUAUUUUUUGAAACACAAAUGCACAAGCCUCCUCAAAGAACAUCUUUCUUACAUGUUAAAAUGACCAGUUCAUUUAGAAAUAUAUUGACUCCUUUGUGGUGCUCAAAAGGCCCCUUAAAGGGCCACCGGGAGCCUCUUUCAGUUUUCAAGUCUGAUUCUAAAGUCCCUUAAAAACCAAAAAGUAAUUGUUUACAUGCUUCAUUAAUACUGCUGAGCUUGUUGAAUGUUUUGCUUGAAAACAGUAUACAAAAAAAUAGUUUUUCUUUUUUAACUGCUCUUUUAAGACUUUUUAUAUUGAGAACAAAUACAGUAUAUAUUAACAGUAUAAAGCUUUCUUUAAAUUUGUAAUGUUAUAGCAAGAUAUAGAGCAUAUUAAUCAAUAGCUUUUAAUAACUUGUGUUAUUUAGAUGUAAACCAUUUGAGUGUAAUUGUAGGCUUGAGUGUGAAUAUCUGAGAACAGUUUCUUUUGUUAUAACCUUUUAGUGCUUUAUCUUUUAUCAGAAUCACAUUCAAUGAUUUUUUUUGUUUCGCUUUAUUGCCUUUUUAUGAAUCUAAAGUGCAAAAGCAUUUCAAAAGAACAGAUUCUGUGCUAUUUUUAUACUUAUUUGAAUAGUGGAAAAGUGUUGAUGUAUUUUUUUAUGUUUGUGUACUUCUUAUAGCAACCUAUAUAUAAUUUUUACUCAAUAAAAGGCAGCUUGGCUGCUAAAAACCUGA